GAGUGAAGAAAAGAGGACAGAAGAAGAAUCCUAUAACUAUUUCCUCCUCUUUUAGCUUUAAACCCUUGUCAAACCUAAAACCCAUUCGGCGGCAUCGAAAACAAUGAGGAAGAAGAAAAAUGGGUUCAGGAAGCCCAUUAUCAUCAAAAAACCGAAGCAACCGCAAGAGCAACCCAGCGUGGAUCCCAUUACGGGAAAGAAAAUCCCCAAAAGUUUCGUUUUUUCGCGAGGCAAAGUGCCCGCUCCUCUCAAACAGCUUCAAAUGGACCUCAGGAAGUUGAUGCUUCCAUAUACUGCUCUCAGCCUUAGGGAAAAAAAACGGAAUAAUCUGAGAGACUUUCUGAAUGUUGCUGGACCUAUGGGUGUCACGCAUUUCCUCAUAUUGUCAAAAACUGCAACUUCACCUUACUUGAGGGUUGCAACUACCCCUCAAGGGCCUACUCUUACGUUUAAGAUACAUGAAUAUGCAUUGGCUGCUGACAUUGCUCGAUCUCAAUUGCAUCCUCGAUGCCCUAAGGAUCUGUUUAAAAAUUCUGCUUUGAUUGUGCUUUCCGGAUUCAUUAGUGGAGAUCUACCAUUACGGCUUACAACCAACAUGUUCCAGAAUAUUUUUCCAACAAUUGAUGUCAAAACUGUAAAGCUCUCCUCUUGCCAAAGAAUCUUGCUGCUUAAUUACAACAAGGACACUAAGCUCAUUGAUUUUCGGCAUUAUUCCAUAAGAUUACAACCUGUAGGUGUUUCACGCAGAAUAAGAAAACUUGUGCAAACCCAUCAGGUUCCUGAUCUAAAGAAUCUUCAAGACGUUAGUGAUUUUGUCACAAAGGCUGGCUACGGAUCAGAAAGUGAAGCUGAUGAAGAAGCAGCAACAGUGACUUUAUCUAGUAAUAUUGGUAGAGUUAAUCGUGCUUCUACAAAAAGUGCUGUCAAACUGCAAGAGGUUGGACCUAGGAUGACUCUUCAACUAGUUAAAAUUGAGAAGGGUCUGUGUUCGGGUGAAGUUCUCUUCAGUGAAUAUGGAAAAGCUGGUGGCAAAGAAAAAAGUGACGAUGAGAUGCAAGGUGAAGAAGAUGAAGAAGGUAGUGACGAUGAAGAAGAUCAAGAUGGAGAACAUCAAGAGGAUAGUGAAGACGAAGAUCAAGAACUUGAUUAGUCUCAGUCUUAUCUUAUGGUGGUGUAGUAUUCAGGUUGUGGUAGAUCCAUACGGAACUGAAAGCUGCCACUGGAAAUUUUUCAUAUGAAGCAUUCAGUGGUUGGGCUGUACAAUUCACAUUUGUUAAAAUACAUAAAUUUAGAGUAAUCAAAUGCUGUUGAGUGUGACUACUUUUUCUA